CGGGAGUAACUUUCCUGUCCACUACGAAAACUUCACUGAAAUAGAAGAAAAGUCAUAUGUGCUGAGAUUUCUAGGGAAUUACAACGGAGCGAGACACACCAUCAUGGAAUUUUUUGUAUUCCUCAGUGCAAUAUUGACUAGACUUUUCUUCUUUCUUCACUCAUUAGUCGGAGUUUGGAGAGUCACUGAAAUUAAACAUAACUCCAUGUACUGGCUGCUGGCUCUGUCGAACAUUUUACUGUGCAUUGAGACGGUGCUGACCCUGAAACUUAAGAAGGGAAGAGGACCUAAAUGGUUUUCACCUCCUAUAUUCUGCUAUUUAAUAAGCAUAGUGCCAUCUCUGUGGCUUCUUGAAAUAAACUAUGAUCAUCAGGAAUGUGUUAACAAUAACAUAUCAGUGGAAACUAAUGGAACAGCAGGAAAUGAUAUACUAAGCCAGGCCAAUACAUUGAUUUCAUCAAUCUGCCAAUCAGCCUGGACACUAGGAUUACACCAGACAUUUCUUCUGCUCUUGAUUAUUGGGAGAUGGCUACUGCCAAUCGGAGCAGGGAUAACCCGUGAUCAGCUUUCUCAGCUUCUCCUUAUGUUUGUGGGCACUGCUGCGGAUAUUUUGGAAUUCACUAGUGAGACGAUGGAAGUAGUUGUCGUAAGAGAAAACAUCAUAUUGGUUUACUCAAUCCUUGGAAUAUGGACAUGGAGCAUGUUACAGUUCCCACUUGAUCUGGCUGUAAAAAAUAUUGGAUGCCAACAAGGAUCUUCCUCCAAGAGGCGCCUGUGUUUACUAUUCUGUAAAUACAGUGCAGAUCUUUGGAACAUUGGAAUUAGUCUACUGAUUCAAGAUGGUCCAUUUCUCAUAUGCCGUAUCAUCCUUAUGGCCUAUUUCGGUGUGAUUAGCCAAAUGCUAGUAUUUUUUGCUGCCAAAAAUUCCCUGGUUGUCAUGUUGCAGCUUUAUCGUCUUAUAGUAUUGUUCAUAGACUUCCAGUCUUCUUUUGAAAAUAAUGACAAAAAAACAAAAAUGGAAGACAGCUGCUGUCCAUGUGAAUCCACCGAUAACCAAGAAGAAAUAAUCAGCAGUGUUGAUAUUGAAACAAGGAGCACAGAAAACAACAGUACAGCUAUUAUAACUCUUGAUGAAUCAGAAGGACAAUGUUAA